GUUAUUUUCUUCUACAUCACUGCGUCCCCUAUUCCUCCUCAGUGUUGCCCUUAUUGGCUUUCUGCUGCUGGAAAGAUGGAAGCCUCAUUUCUUGUUGGACUUCUCAGCUCAGCCCUUGGAGGAGCCCGGAAGAGGCAGUUACAGCGAGAUAGCAGGAGCACAACCUCACUUGCUGAGUGUCCCAGAGCUCUGUCAUUGCCUGGCUGAGAGCUGGAUUACAUUCAGGCUGUACCUGCAGGAGCUGUUACAGUACAAGAGGCAAAAUCCUGCCAAGUUCUGUGCCUGGGUCUGCUCAGGAUGCUUAAUCUUGGCUAUGGUAGGACAUUAUGUUCCAGGAAUCAUGAUCUCCUACAUUGUCUUGCUCAGCAUCUUGUCAUGGCCACUGGUAGUGUAUCAUGAGCUUAUUCAGAGAAUGUACACGCGUUUGGAGCCCAUCCUGAUGAAACUGGACUACAGCAUGAAGGUGGAGACUUUGCAUCUUAAACAUGAAAAGAAAAAGCGUCAAGGAAAGCACGAGCCAGAAGCUGGCAGUGAGCCGAUGGCAGAGACAGAAAGUGAGAGUGAAGCAGAAUUGUCCGGUUAUUCCCCGGUGGUAGAUGUGAAGAAGACAGCGCUGGCACUGGCAAUUACAGACUCUGAGCUUUCAGACGAGGAAGCGUCCAUCCUGGAGAGCGGAGGCUUUACUGUCUCCAGAGCAACCACUCCACAACUGACAGAUGUGUCUGAAGAUCUGGAUCAGCAGAGCCUGCCCAGCGAGCCAGAAGAGUCCUUCUCCAAGGAUCUGGCAGAGUUCCCUUCUGUGGAAGAAUUCCAUUCCAGAGACUUGCAGCCACCUAGUGAGGAAGACAGCUUUGCCGUGCCUGCCCAAGCUGCCGAUCAGUUGGACUCUGCCGAGGAAGAAGUGGCAGCAGUUGGGAGUUCGGACACCUCUAUCCUGUGCCUGGCCUCACCCCUGCACUUUGUAAAUACACACUUCAAUGGAAAUAGGCAGGCGAUGGUGGGAGGAGCUACAGAGCCCCAGACAGUCUCUGCACAGGGCCUGGGGCUACACAUUGAUUCGCUGAGCCAAGAGAUAGUUACCACCGCCAUCAGCACAGUGGUGCAGAACACCUUGUCAGCUCUGCUCCGCUCCUCUGAGGACAGCGAGGGGCCUUCUCUGUCUGAGUUCCUGCCCACUGAGCCGGAAGAGAGACUGAGCUUCCAGGCCCAGUUGUCUGAAAGCGAGGAGGUGGGGGGGGCAGCCUCUCUGCCGGAGGAAGAGGAGGAAGCUGACGACUUCGAGCUGCUUGAUCAGAGGGAGCUGGAGCAGAUGGAUGCAGAGCUAGGCCUGGCUGGAGAGGCAGGUGCUCCAGGUCAGUCCUUUAGCCCUCCUGAAGAGGAAUCCUUGUCCAGCUCCUAGGUCCUGCCGCAUUACUGGUUUUCUGUAGCUGGAAGGAUGGAUGGAUGGAUGCCCAGAAGAGUUUGAUCAGUACUGACUGGGGGUGGUGAACCAUCCACAUCCACAGUGUUACGUCUGGAACAGUGAGUCCUCCUCCUAAUGUUGGCCUUCCCAUCAGGGCUCUAUGUCCAGCCCAAGCUUCCUAGUGAUGAUGCAGUCUUUUGGUUUGCUACUGCAGUUGUCUUCGUCUCUUGGUCCUCUGGUUUUCCCCCCCUGCACGCUGCAUUCUCAACUAAAUGUACCCGCUGCACAUCCCUGCACAACCAGUAGGAAGUAAAGCAGUUUUAUUCAAUAGUUACGGGGGUUGGGAAGGUUUUAAAAUGUAAAGAACUUUUUUUGGGGGGGAAUUGUGUUUUUUGAACACGGAUAGAGACUAGGUGGGGUGGAGAAACAGGUUUGGGAUGUUUCUCAGAGCCAGAAACUUUGUAGAGGAAGGGAAGCAGCUGAUGCCAUGCAGAGCACUUUUGUUGGGAGUUUAUGAAGGGGGCACAACUGGGCUCCCUCUCCCUGCCCUCAACAAAGCAACAAGCUGCUUCUGCAGACUCCAAGCACUAAUCCCAGCUUCAUUUAAUCGUUUUAUGCUCCCCAACCUCGUUUCCUCCGUGUAGUAGUUGAACUGUGACACAAGCUGGAUUGUGUAGUCUGUUCCUGCCUGUCAUGAGCUUUGAGUCAGUCUGGCCAAGUCUCUUGAUGCACUCAGGAAAAUACAGAUUAAUUUAGUCUGCAAGUGCCCCCUUCCCCCACCUCGCUGCUGCACUUUAAUUGUAAAAUGGCUCUAUACUGUCUUUGUUUUCACUUUUUAAACACCUGGCUGAGCCAGUCCUGCCCUGUGCUGUAUCCAGCAGUCAAGUCUUGCCUCAAGGAGUGGAGCAGUUUGGGAAGAGCCCUUGUCUCCCUGCAACGAGAGAAAAUUCUUUAGCUUGGUUUGUCCUGCUAGCUUUCAUUUUGAAACUCUAAGGAGCUUCAUUUCUCUCAGCAUUUUAACUGGCAAAAGCCAAGGAUCGCUUUUACUAAUGGGAGCAGCAUAGCCAUUGCGUGGGGAGGGGGGGGGGAGCUGGAGUGUGCACUGAUGUACCCGGUGUUCACUGCCUCUUGAAGUGCUUGUUGAGAGGGGCUCUUGCUGCAGCUUUGCAGUGUACAUUUUUAAACACUGGAUUUUAAAUACUUUUCAAAGGUUGACUUUGAAUGACAAAGUUAGCGCUGUUUGUUGUAGAAGCAGAGUUUCCUCUCCUCCUCCGUGUGCAUCUUAAUAGGUGCAGUGCAAGGCCAGAAUCGGCCUCUGACAGUUCCCAUCUGGCUAGGUGCUGUUAUGUUCUCUGAAACCAGUCACCUUUUUAUUAGUUUUCCAGGGACUUCAGAGUAGAGUGGAAGAUGGCCGCAUGGUUUAAAGCAUGUCAGAGUCACGUCACAGAGCUGGUGUGAUCCUUGCUGUCUGACACAUUCUCAUCAGAGUGACUGCAGCUUAGGUUUCCUGGUUUCCUGCCCUUCCAGGGGUUCUUUCACCAAGGUGAAGGUGCUGCCUCUCAGCAUGAUGGCUGCUGAAAUGAUUCCAGACACAUUUGGGAGACUCCAGUUCCGGCCUUUCAUCUGCUUCAGGGGGAUGCAUUGAUUGCUGAGACAUUCAGUGUCCUCCUGCUUUGUAUCUGAUGGCUUCCUGUGCAGGGCUUUUUUCAUGAAUGGGCAAUACAUUUCUGGAAGUCUGUUAACAGGGCUGUUCUGCUGGCCAGUGUUCUCUUUCUUUGUUGUAUCUCCUGUCCUCCCCCCGCCCCUUCAAAUGACGGGGGCGGGUAGCUGUU